AUGAGUACAGAUAACCAAGUGAGUAUAGGUAACCUAGUGAGUACAGGUGACCAAGUGCAUGCAGGUGGACAAGUGAAUACCGAGUGCCAAGUGAGUAUAGAUGACCAAGUGAGUGCAGGUGACCAAGUGAGUACAGGUGGACAAGUGAGUACAAAUGACCAAGUGAGUACAGGUGACCAAGUUAGUACAGGUGAACAAGUGAGUACAGAUGACCAAGUGAGUACAGGUGGCAAAGUGAGUACAGGUGGCCGAUUGUGUACAGCUGAUCAAGUGAGUACAGGUGACCAAGUGAGUACAGGUGACCAAGUGAGUACAGAUGACCAAAUAAGUACAGGUUACCAAGUGAGUACAGGUGGCAAAGUGAGUACAGCUGAUCAAGUGAAUACAGCUGAUCAAGUGAGUAUAGAUGACCGAGUGAGUAUAGGUGACCUAGUGAGUACAGGCGACCAAGUGAAUACUGGUGGACAAGUGAGUACAGAUGGACAAAUCAGUACAGAUAACCAAGUGAGUAUAGGUGACCUAGUGAGUACAGAUGACCAAGUGGGUACAGGUGGACAAGUGAGUACAGAUGGACAAGUGAGUACAGAUAACCAAGUGAGUAUAGGUGACUUAGUGAGUACAGGUGACCAAGUGAGUACAGGUGGACAAGUGAGUACAGAUAAUCAAGUGAGUACAGAUGACCAAGCGAGUACAGGUGGACAAGUAAGUACAGAUGGACAAGUGGGUACAGGUGGACAAGGGAGUACCGAUGUACAAAUGAGUACAGAUAACCAAGUGAGUAUAGGUGACCUAGUGAGUACAGGUGACCAAGUGGGUACAGGUGGACAAGUGAAUACCGAGUGCCAAGUGAGUAUAGAUGACCAAGUGAGUGCAGGUGACCAAGUGAGUACAGGUGGACAAGUGAGUACACAUGACCAAGUGAGUACAGGUGACCAAGUUAGUACAGGUGAACAAGUGAGUACAGAUGACCAAGUGAGUACAGGUGGCAAAGUGAGUACAGGUGGCCGAUUGAGUACAGCUGAUCAAGUGAAUACAGGUGACCAAGUGAGUACAGGUGACCAAGUGAGUACAGAUGACCAAAUAAGUACAGGUGACCAAGUGAGUACAGGUGGCAAAGUGAGUACAGCUGAUCAAGUGAAUACAGCUGAUCAAGUGAGUAUAGAUGACCGAGUGAGUACAGAUGACCAAGUGAGUACAGGUGACCUCGUGGGAACAGAUGACCAAUUGAGUACAGGUGACCAAGUGAGUACAGGUGGACAAAUGAAUUCUGGUUGA